AUGGGGAGAUAUCAAGAAGGAAGCAGUACUCCAGUUCCAUUACAACUCUGCGUCUUCGUCUUGAUCCUAUUCAUGUUCGUAACGAUCUCAUGGUACGCGAGUUACGAACCAGUCAUAGAAGGUUUUACGGAUCAGUUCAAGCUUGCUCUCAUGGCAUCUCCUCUGCUUUUGCUCUUGGCCGUCCAUUUUCUAUCCGACGAUGGAGGUGUAAGAGGGAAGAUGACGUCGUUGAUACCUCUGAGUGAAAGAGAGUCUUUGUAUAGAGCCGGAGAAACGCCAUGGGGAGCGGCCUUCAUGUUUGUCUUUCUCUUCUUCAUGGUUUCUCAUCAAUCUCAGUUUCAAGAACGUUGGUUUCCUCUUCGAUGA